UUUAUUUUAUUUAGUAGUUUUGUUUUGUUUUCAGUGAAAUGCUAUUUUUGUUCAAAGAAGAAAUGGCCCUCCAGGAACUCACCCAGCGACUGGCCACAGUGAUCACUCAUGUCGUGAUGAAGACAGACAUUGAGAACUGGAACCCAGCUGCUGAGCAUGGCCGACUGUGAUGUGGCUUUCCCAUUGUUGGUGACAGCUUACAAAACAUGGAGGAGAUGAAAUUAUGCAGCAGGAAGUCAGGCCUUUGGUGGCAGUGGACAUAAUAGAACAGCUUCACCGGCAAUUUGCCAUUCUUUCAGGAGGCCGAGGGAAGGAUGGUGCCCCCAUCAUCACUUUUCCAGAGUUUGUGGGAUUUAAACACAUCCCAGAGGAGGACUUCCUGAAUGUCAUGACCUACCUGACUAGCAUCCCCAGUGUGGAGGCUGCCAGCAUUGGAUUCGUCAUUGUGAUUGACAGAAGAAGGGACAAGUGGAGCUCCAUAAAGGCAUCCUUGACACGAAUAGCAGUGGCAUUUCCAGGAAACUUACAGCUCAUAUUCAUCCUUCGCCCAUCUCGCCUUAUCCAGAGAACAUUCACUGACAUUGGUAUUAAAUACUAUCGAGAUGAAUUUAAGAUGAAAGUGCCGAUCAUCAUGUUAAACUCAGUUUCUGACCUUCAUGGCUACAUUGACAAAAGUCAGCUGACACAGGAGUUAGGGGGAACUCUGGAAUACCGCCACAGUCAGUGGAUAAAUCAUCGCACUGCCAUAGAAAACUUUGCCUUGACAUUGAAGAAUACUGCUCAGAUGCUGCAGACAUUUGGGUCCUGCCUGUCCAUGACAGAGCUGCCCAGAGGCAUGCUCUCCACUGAAGACCUUCUCAUGUCCCACACAAGACAGCAGGACAAACUGCAGGAUGAGCUGAAAUUACUUGGAGAACAAGGGACCACUCUACUGUCAUGCAUCCAAGAACCAACAACCAAAAAUCCCACCAGAAAACUCAAUAUCAGUGAACUUGAGAAUGUAGCUACCAUGGAAAGGCUAUUAGUUCAAUUGGAUGAAACAGAAAAAGCCUUUAGUCAGUUUUGGUCUGAGCAUCACCUGAAACUUAACCAAUGCCUACAACUACAGCGCUUUGAGCACAAUUUUUAUAAGGUUAAACUUGCCCUGGAAAAUUUGCUGGAAGAGCUAGCAGAGUUUACAGGCAUUGGAGACAGCGUGAUGCAUGUGGAACAACUUCUUAAGGAACACAAAAAACUGGAGGAAAAGGGCCAGGAGUCCCUGGAGAAGGCCCAGCUGCUUGCACUGGCUGGAGACCAGCUCAUCCAAGACCAUCAUUACUCAGUGGACUCCAUUAGGCCCCAGUGUGUGGAGCUCAGGCACCUCUGUGAUGACUUCAUCAAUGAAAACAAGAAAAAACAUGACACUUUGGGAAAGUCCUUGGAGUUGCAUAGACAGCUGGACAAGGUCAGUCAGUGGUGUGAAGCAGGAAUCUACCUCUUGGCUUCCCAAGCUGUAGACAAGUGCCAGUCUCGAGAGGGGGUCGACAUUGCCUUGAAUGACAUUGAAGCAUUCCUGGGCACUGCCAAGGAGUACCGGUUACUCAACCCCAAGGAGUUUUACAACAAGUUUGAGUUGAUACUCACUGUUGACAUAAAGGCCAAAGCCCAGAAAGUUCUGCAGAAGCUGAGUGAUGUACAGGAAAUAUUUCACAAGAGGCAAGUGAGUCUGAUGAAAUUGGCAGCCAAACAGACUCGCCCAGUGCAACCUGUGGCCCCCCAUCCUGAGUCCUCCCCAAAGUGGGUGUCACCAAAAACCAACCAGCCCUCCGCCUUGGCUCCUCUUCCAAGAACAUCUGAGGAACCUCACACGGAGACAGAUUUGAACUCCCUGGAAAAGGAAGAUGAUGGAACUAAAUUCGAAGUCAAGAAUGAAGAAAUAUUUACAAGGAGUCAUGAUGACAGGAACCCUGAGUUGGAGCAGCUUGACAGAGAAGACCUUUCCCCUCGAAAACGCAUUGUACGUGACUUGCUUGAGACUGAAGAAGUGUACAUAAAAGAAAUGGAGAGCAUAAUCGAUGGAUACAUCACUCCAAUGGAUUUUAUCUGGUUGAAACAUCUGAUUCCAGAUGCUCUUCAGAAUAACAAGGACUUUCUCUUUGGGAAUAUUAAAGAACUUUAUGAAUUUCAUAGCAGGACUUUUCUAAAAGAAUUGGAAAAGUGCACCGAAAACCCUGAACUUCUGGCCUGUUGUUUUCUCAAGAGAAAAGAAGACCUCCAAAUAUAUUUUAAAUACCAUAGGAAUCUGCCCCGAGCAAUGGCCAUCUGGCAAGAGUGUCAGGACUGCGCCUACUUUGGGGUAUGCCAGCGUCAACUGGAUCAUAGUCUCCCUCUUUUUAAGUAUCUUAGAGGACCAAGCCAGAGACUGAUAAAAUACCAGAUGCUGUUGAAGGGUCUGCUGGAUCUUGAAUCUCCUGAAGAUGUGGAAAUAGACCCAGGAGGUCUAGAAGGAGGCUCCACCAAGGAUGGGCCAAAGAGGACCGAAAAUUCCUCAUUCUCAGCUGAGCUUAGACAAGCUUUGGCAGUGAUAGAGGAUUUGAUCAAGUCCUGUGAGUUGGCGGUGGACCUAGCAGCAGUCUCUGGAUGUCCGGAUGAUAUCGGGAAACUUGGCAAGCUGUUGAUGCACGGCCCUUUCAAUGUCUGGACAAUUCACAAGGAUCGUUAUAAAAUGAAGGAUUUUAUUAGAUUUAAACCCAGCCAGAGGCAAAUCUAUCUAUUCGAAAGAGGAAUCGUGUUCUGUAAGAUUCGAAUGGAGCCUGGUGACCAGGGGCCAUCUCCUCAUUACAGCUUUAAGAAGUGGAUGAAGUUGGUGACACUUUCAAUUCGACCACUUGGAAGGGGGAGCAAUAAAAAGUUUGAAAUUGCCAACCGAAAUGGACUUGAGAAAUACAUCCUGCAGGCAACCUCAAAAGAAAUCAGAGAUUGUUGGUUUUCAGAAAUAAGUAAAUUAUUGAUGGAACAACAAAGCAAUAUUAAAGGUCAAGGGAAUCUACAAUUUGAAUCAACCACUGGCAAAGGCAAUGGAGUGGAAUGUGUUCCUGGAACUGAAAACACAGAUAGAGCUACAACUAGCAAGGAAGAGCCAGUCUCCAGCACUCAUGGAAUGAAAGGCUGCUCCAGCAGGGAGUUUGUCUCCACGGAAACCUUUGAAGGUGGUGAAGGUGGCGGAGAUAUGGACAAGGAGAGCAGUGUGCUGAGUCUCUCAGGACUUUUCCAGUCUGAGGACAGUUAUGAAACCUGUUCCCCCAAAACGGUUUCCCUGGAGAAAGGAGAAAGCACCGAGGGAAGAACAGAAGAACGUGAUGAGAAGAAAGCGGCAUCGAGCAGCACAGAGGGGAGCGCUGGGGUGUCCCCUGGCCUGCCCGUUCCUGCGGGGGAGACGACGGGUGCCCAGGCGCAGGCAGUACGGGCGAUCGCAGCAAGCCCGAGACCCUCCUCCACGGAGAACUGACCCUCGUCGCAGGCUCCCUUCGCCAGUGCCGUCUGCAUCCCGGGGAGGGACUGUCGUGAUGCGGACGAACGCCGCGCGCUCCUUCAGCAGAAAGCAGCCUGCGGGCCUCGGCGCCCCGGGUCUGUAGCGGGGGGAGGGGAGCCCAAGGCGAAGCGCCCCAAGGGUCCCAGCUCAGGGGCCCGGGAACUGUGUGUGGCUGCACGCGCCUCCACGGGCGCAGGGAGCCCACAGCUUACGCCGCCAGGACUCACCAAGGGCUGCUCAAUUUUUGGCGAUUUUGAUCUUUGGGGCUGAAUAAGUCUUUGCUGUGGGGGCUGUUCUGUGGGCUGUGGGAUGUUUAGCAGCAUCCCGGGCCUCUAGAAGCUACAGGUCAGUAACACGCCCCUACACCCUCCCAUCCCCAAAUUGGGACAAUCAAAGAUUCCUUCAGAUAUUGCAAGAUUUCUCGGGAAUGGGAGUGGAAUUAGAGCCUUGGAGCCUGAGCGUGAACGCAGGCCGAGGAUGAGCACCUGGUAGCUGCUGCGCCUCCCCAUCCCCCAAGAGAACGUGUGUGUGUGUGUGUGUGUGUGUGUGUGUGUGUGUGUGUGUGUGUGUGUGUGUGUGUUUAUGUGUGUUCAUUCCAAGGUUGUUCAGUUUCAAAGAGGGUUGGUUCCAAGUUUACUUCUGAAGUAUUUACGACAGAUGUAUUAGUUUUUUAAUACAGGUUAUUUAUUUUCAAUUAUUUUUUAGUCUCAUUGGUAACAUUUCAUUCAUUUUUAGCUUUUUAGUUACUUAAUUUUAUACUUGUAGUUACCUGUGAAUAAUCAUUUAUUUUACUUUCAAGAUUUUUUAAAUUAUUCAUUUUCAGUUAUAUUUUAUUUUUAUUAAUAGUUAUUUUGUUUUGAGUUGUAGGUUUUAAAUUAAUUAGCUUAUAAUUAUCUAUUUUCAUUGCCUGUAUUUACAAUGUUUAGUAUCUGAGUUGCUUUCUAUUUUUAGUUAUUGGAAUUUUGAAUUAUUUAUUUUCACAGUCAAUUGACCAACUGAAAAUCAUUGAGAGCUUUUGAAUUACUGUAGUCAUUUAUUUUCAGAGUGCAAUGCUCUUAUCACUGUAGGACUUUUUCUGAGUUAUUUAGUUUUCCAGGGUUUCUUCAGUUAUUUUUUUUUGAGCUGUUUAUUUUUACAUUCACUUAUUUU